GCGGAACAGGAACCAGCUCAAGAAGAAGCUGAUGAAUCCGCUUUCGCCGAUGAUGCUGAGGAUGAACACGAACCAGAUCUCAUCUAUGGCCCACCAGAGGCGGAGGAUGUACCAGUUGUCAAUGAAAUCAUCCCCGUUGAUGAAAUCGAAGCCACCAUCGCUGAGGAAGAGGAAGCGCAAGCAGCUGCUGAGGAAGCUAUCCAACCUGAACGUUUGACUUUCGGUCGUCGCCUCAACGCACGCAAAUCCGCUCGUCCCGCUAAAUUGCGCGCA